AUGUCGGCUGCACCCGGCCUUCUGCGCCAGGAGCUGUCCUGCCCGCUGUGCUUGCGGCUGUUCGAUGCGCCAGUGACCGCUGAGUGUGGCCACAGUUUCUGCCGGGCCUGCCUGGUCCGCGUGGCAGGGGAGCCUGCCGCCGAUGGCACGGUUCCCUGUCCCAGCUGUCAAGCGCCCACGCGGCCUCAGGCGCUAAGCACUAACCUGCAGCUGGCGCGUCUGGUGGAGGGGCUGGCGCAAGUGCCGCAAGGCCACUGCGAGGAGCACCUGGAUCCACUGAGCAUCUACUGCGAGCAGGACCGCACGCUCGUGUGUGGCGUGUGUGCCUCGCUCGGUUCGCACCGUGGCCACCGCCUUCUGCCUGCCGCCGAGGCCCACGCACGCCUCAAGACACAGCUCCCGCAACAGAAGAUACAGCUGCAGGAGGCAUGCAUGCGCAAGGAGAAGAGUGUAGCGGUGCUGGAGCAUCAGCUGGUGGAAGUGAAGGAGACAGUGCGUUAUUUCCGGGAAGCUGUUGGGGAACAGCUGGGGAAGAUGCGGGUGUUCCUGGAUGCUCUGGAAAGUUCUUUGGACCGUGAAGCAGAAAGGGUUCAGAGUGAGGCUGGGGUUGCUUUGCAGCGGGAGCUGUCAAGCCUGAACUCUUACCUGGAGCAGCUACGGCAGAUGGAGACGGUGCUGGAGGAGGUGGCUGACAAGCCACAGACAGAGUUCCUAAUGAAAUACUGCCUGGUGACCAGCAGGCUGCAGAAGAUCCUGUCAGAGUCACCACCAUCUGCCAGGCUGGAUAUCCAGCUGCCUGUCAUCUCAGAUGACUUCAAAUUCCAGGUGUGGAGGAAGAUGUUCCGGGCUCUGAUGCCAGCGUUGGAGGAACUGACUUUCGACGCCAGCUCUGCGCACCCGAGCCUGGUGGUGUCCCCUUGCGGUCGCCGGGUGGAGUGCUCGGAGCAGAAGGCGCCGCCAGCGGGGGAAGACGCCCGCCAGUUCGACAAGGCUGUAGCGGUGGUGGCGCAGCAGCUGCUGUCGCAGGGCGAGCACUACUGGGAGGUGGAGGUGGCCGACAAGCCGCGCUGGGCCCUGGGCGUGAUGGCUGCGGACGCCCCCCGGCGCGGCCGGCUGCACGCGGUGCCGUCGCAGGGCCUGUGGCUGCUCGGCUUGCGCGACGGCAAGAUCCUGGAGGCGCACGUGGAGGCCAAGGAGCCGCGGGCGCUGCGCACCCCCGAGAAGCCGCCGGCUCGCCUCGGCCUCUACCUAAGCUUCGCCGACGGCGUCCUGGCUUUCUACGACGCGAGCGACGCCGACGCGCUGGCGCCGCUCUUCUCCUUCCACGAGCGCCUGCCCGGGCCGGUGUACCCCUUCUUCGACGUGUGCUGGCACGACAAGGGCAAGAACGCUCAGCCGCUGCUGCUCGUGGGGCCCGACGGCGAGCGGGCCUGA